AUGGACAUCUCAAAACCAGCACAUAAGAGUCCCCCAUAUUUCACACAACUUAUCGCGGACGCUAGUUAUUCCAGCCGUGUCACGCUUGGAGACGGCCAAGUAAGGGCUGUUCACCAGCUUCAUGGGCGUGAUACUACAUCAACCGCUAGUGGAACAACCUCUACUGCGUCAGAUGCUACUACUGCUGUUUCUACUGUGGAUACCUCGUCCACCACCACAUCUGCAUUCUCUGCAACUAAAGAUUCCACGUCUACUAUUACCGCGUCUACUACCACCACGGCAACAAGUGCAACAACCAGCACUUCAACCUCCUCCCUCACUUCUUCCACGGGGGUUUCUACUACCAGUUUUACCGCAACUUCGACAGUAUCAGUUUCAAAGACUACAGUAUCCACCACUUCUAGCUCCUCCGGCACAACCAGUUCUACAAAUGCAGAGUUAGCUGCAUGGAACCACGCUGGUGAGAUACGAGCAAUCGUUAUAUUCAGCUUACUGAGUGCUGUUGCGCUUGGAACCACAUUAUACAUCUUUAUUAAAAAGAGAGUUAAUAGCAAAAAGGAACGGGCAAGCCGGCUGAGUUCGGCAGGAUCAUCGCAUUCGACCAUUCCAUUAACAACCCUGCGGAAAGAAGACUCGAAAACUAUACGGGAAUCAAUCAUGUUUUCACAAGGAGUAUGA